UCUGGAAAAAACACCUCAAACUGUCAAGAGCGUGAAAAUCACAGGCGAUUUUAUUAUCUUAAUCAUCUUCUAAGAUUAGGUUAAACCUUAUAGCUGUGACACGCUUAUUUAAAGACUUUGAAAAAGUACUUAAUAAUUAGCCGUACUGUUAAAGUUUGAGGUGACGGGUCGGGCAGUGUCAGUUCGCGGCUGUCACACAACAAGCUCGCGCGCACACAUACAUCGAAACAGUUUCGAGCACGAGACGCGCGCUCGCGUUUGGGCAGCGGGAGCUCGCCCGGGUCCCAGUCAGUCAGAACCGACCGUAGUCCCUAUCGGAGUAGUGACGGACAGAAACGAAUAUUACAGGUAGAAGAUUGAAUCUUAUUUGGCUGUGGAGCUGCUGCUGACAUGGGGACACCAGGAUCAGGUCGGAAACGUGCCCCGAUUAAAGACCGUUUCUCAGCUGAGGAUGAGGCUCUGAGCAGCAUAGCCAGAGAGGCGGAGGCCAGGCUUGCCGCGAAGAGAGCUGCUCGUGCGGAGGCCCGGGAUAUCCGGAUGAAAGAACUGGAGCGGCAACAGAAAGAGCAGUCUUACCAUCACCACUCCUCCUCUAGCAGGAAAUGGGGGCAAAUCCACCAAUGGAUGGCUGAUGCAGAUAAAGCCCGAUAUGGUCAUCAUUCCAGUAGCCAUAGUCGACGGGCAUUGAAUGAUGACACGGCAUCGGUCCGCAGUGUUGGAAGUUACAGGUCAAAUUCAUCUUCUCUAAGAGACCUGAAUAGUUCGUCUCAUCGCUCCAGUCGGGUCAGUUCCUCCAGGAGAAGAGACUUGGUGUCCGGUGUCUCCAGUAGUUCAUCUUUGAAGAGCUCCUACUCCACUAGCUCUGUAUAUAAUGACCUUCACAAAAAACCUGUUGGCAGUAGCUCCAAAAAGGACCUUCUGACUGGAUUGUAUCAUGACCAAAGGAACUACAGCAGCUUAAAAAACUCCAAGCCUAUAUCCUCUUCCAUCUCUACGUAUACGCCACGGACUCCAGUAGUAUCCAGCAGCAGUACCACAGGUCUGACGCGCAGCUAUAGUGUGGCAUCUAUAUGUGAUGAUGGUCAAUACAGUUCAUAUAGUUCCAGAGCACCCUCUGAAUGCAGCUGGUACUCUUCUUGUGCCAGUUCCACCCGCAGCAGUCCUGUGUCAUCAUCUGAUGACGAUUCAUCCAACACUAUGCCCCAAGGCCGCCGUCAACGUGGGAGAAGUGAUAGUGUGUCAUCUGAUUUCUCUGAGCUCUCCGAGACGGCGGCUGAUUAUUUCAGCCGCUCUAAUCGCAGGGGCAGCAUUGUGUCUGAUCUCGAUGAUCUGAGUAUUCCUGAUCUGGACAGUCUGGAUGAGAAAUGUGAGAAGCAGUUUGUAGACUACAGUCGGCCUUCAUCUCGAAAUGCCACCCCGUCCCUGUCAGCAGCUGCUCUGGCAUCUCUAGGGGGAAGUUCAUCUAGACGAGGCAGUGGAGAUGCUGGAAGCCUCAUUAUGGAUGCUGAGUCUUCUUUCAGUGAAUUAAAGGACAUCUAUGAUCUAAAGGACCAGAUUCAGGAUGUAGAGGGCCGAUACAUGCAGGGUCUUAAAGAGCUGAAGGAUUCUCUGUCAGAAGUGGACGAGAAGUACAAAAAGGCCAUGGUUUCAAAUGCGCAGCUGGACAAUGAGAAGUCAAACCUCAUCUACCAGGUGGACACGCUUAAAGACGUCAUCGAGGAGAUGGAGGAGCAAAUGUCAGAGCUGCGCAGGGAAAACGAGGAGAAAUCAAAGGACUUAGAGAGGCAGAAGCACACAUGUUCGGUACUGCAGCACAAACAGGAGGAGCUAAAGGAGGGCAUCCGUCAGCGAGAUGAACUCAUAGAGGAGAACCAGAAAAAUCUGCAAAAUCUAGAUAACCUCACGAGGGAGGUGUUUGAUCUGCAGGAAACUGUUAACUGGAAGGACAAAAAGAUUGCGGCCUUAGAGAGACAGAAAGAAUACUUUGAUUGCAUUAGGAAUGAAAGAGAUGAGCUCAGAUGUGAACUGGCUGACCUCAAGGGGAAAAGCCGAAUGGGAGAGAAACAUGGCCUUGUCAUCAUACCUGAGGACAUGCCUAACGGAGACAUAGGCCACGUAUCCCCUACCUCGGGUAUCACCGUGGUAACACAGGAGGCAGCGCAGGUGCUGGAGUCUGCGGGAGAUGGACCUUUGGAUGUAAGACUACGAAAGCUUGCAGAUGAAAAGGAUGAACUUUUGGCACAGAUCAGAAAGCUGAAGAUGCAGCUGGAGGAAGAGAGACAGAAACACUCAAAGGUCGACAGCGUUUUCACAGAGGGAGAACGAAUGGAGAACGGCACAGACCUGCAUAUCAUUGAGAUGCAAAGGGAUGCUAACAGACAGAUAAGUGAAUAUAAAUUCAAGCUCUCAAAGGCUGAACAGGAAAUGGCAACAAUGGAACAAAACGUCAACAGACUAGAAGGGCAGGUGGCAAGAUAUAAAGCAUCAGCGGAUAAUGCAGAAAAAGUAGAAGAUGAACUAAAAGCAGAGAAGAGAAAACUUCAAAGGGAGCUCCGUACAGCCCUGGACAAGAUUGAAGAGAUGGAAAUGACCAACAGCCAUCUGGUAAAGCGUCUGGAAAAGAUGAAAGCAAACAGAACUGCUCUUCUGUCGCAGCAGUGAAAAGACUCUUCUCCCAGCACUUGUCUAACACCUGACAGUAGGAAAACAAAACUAAAACCAAAACGUUUCUUUACCUCUCACGGUGAAGUACCGAUUCACACCACAUUAAGGCGACAUGGCCAUUUUGUCUGUUCUGAACACGAGGACGUUGUACUUAUUCUGGUUUUGUUGUUUUGAAAACUUUCAUGUUUGCUGUCAGGGGACCGGGUGCUUUUUCCCCUUUUGUAAGUUGCACGAGUAUAAAAGCGCUUUUAAAUCGCACGACUACAGGACCCUCGACAUCCAUGUAAACUGCAUUAAACAGCAAUGUGCCUUCACAGGAGUACGAGGGUUAUAUGAAUUAUAACACUAUACAGGAAAAAUGAUUUCUACCGGUACAAAACAUUGUGUUUAAUAAAGGGUACAGCCACCAGUGGAAAAUAUAAAACCAAUCAUGUCUGAAAUGCUUUUUUUUGUUUUGUUUUUCCAAAUAUUUAAAAUAUUUCUUUAAAUGCAGUAUGAAUGGAUGGGUGAUUCGUUCGCAGGGCACAUUGAAUUUUGUUAGCAUUGAAGUGCUUUGUCACAUUGGACUACAUCAUUUUUACACUAAAUGCUAGGAUUCGAUUCAUUCUCAGUACGAGACCGGCGUUUCUACUGUGAGAUUCAGAUCUGUCUCGGAUGCCUUCCAUGUAUUCAGGUUUUGGUGCCGCAUUUUAAUCACACUAGAGACUACGACUGUCUUCAUGAGCACAGUGAUUGUGACUAAAGCAACUGCAAAGUAUACUGUAAAUAAACUACACAAUUUACAACCCUAA